GUAUAAUAAUAACAAUUAGGGUUAUGUUUGAUUUCUUGUGUUAGUGUAUUGAUCUGUAGUUCAUUUUUCCUUUAAAACAAAAACCUUGAAUUGAAGUUAUUGAACUCUUGUUUUAGAUCUCUUAUCUCAUAUUCCAACAUAAUAUUCUGCAGCGAAUCUUUCUUGGCAUUAUAGAUUUCUUCAUGGAACGUUACCCUUAUGGUUUGCAAGACGAUGUCAAUGAGCUUCUAAACCGUCACCGCCAUGUUACAGAACGAGAUAUGAAGAAGCUAUUCAUCACUCAUGGCCCAGAUCCGUCGAGGUUAUACGAAACCGCUGAUGUUCUCCGUUUCAUGGAUAGCUGUGCUCAUGAUAUCAGUAUCUCACGAGAAACCGAAAAGCAAAAAGGCAGAGAAGAUGUUAAAGCUGCGCCUUUACUUCAUGUGCAUUCAGUACAUGUACAGCCAAAAUCUCCAGAGAAUGGACCCCUACGUGUAUAUGGUACGAUUCGGGUUAAGUAUCAAAAUAUCACUAGUGGAGAAGAGGUGCAGCUUGAUGUUUAUAAACGAAGUGCCAAUGAUGCUGACUACAUAAGCCCAAGUGGUGGUAAUUUAAUUCUUCUGUCUGAUAUUUUCCAAAAGGGGAUUACUGGCUAUUAUGAUUUGUGGAUGACAUUGUACGAAACAGCUAUAGAAGUUGAUCUCUAUCUCAAAAUUGGGGAUUUUGCCCGUUCGUUUGCUCAAGAAAUUUUUUUGGUGGGGGGUACAACUGAAGGCGGCGAUGUUGAAGAAUUUAGAUCAAAAGAAUUCCAGGAUACAGUUUGCUCUGCUACCCUGAGUUAUAUUAAAAUGCCAUUUGCUACCCUUUGUGGGGUGGAUGUUCAAUUAUAUAGCAAAAACAAGGGCCUAGUUGUUAAUCUUGCUGGGAAAAUUGUUGCGCGAUGUAAGAACACCUGUGGAAACUAUAACUCAGAGCCAUGCAUUCUUUUUGAGAAGCAGAAUGGCUUUGAACCAGUAAAGGUGGGCAAUAUACUGUGUAUGUCAAGAAGAUUGUUGGGGUUGCCUGCAUAUUCGUCACUUGAAGUUGAGCUGGACUUGAUAGACUUCAACAAAAACAAGCAUAUUAAGACAAAAGUAGAAUUGUUUAACGAGAGUAGUCCAUAUGCAGGUUAUUAUGCAGUGGAUGUGGAGGGUGAUUUUGCGAUUACUCUGGAUUCAACAUUGAUAUCGUAUUCACAUAGGCAAAGCAUGUGGAGUGAUUGGGACGAAAAUGAGUACCUGUUCAAGAGGACAGGUAAUGAUGGUGUGGACAUAGAAGAUUCACAGGAAGUGUUACCAUUGAGAGAUGUGCCUAUGAGGGUUGAUGAAUAUAACAGGCCUGAAUUGAAGGUCGAUCUAAAAGAUGUUGGUGGGAAAUUUCAGACUAGAGGUUUUGCUAGCCGUGACCUUAAAUUGGACAAACAAAUAUGUUCCGUUUUUCCAGGAGAAGAGGGGUUUUGUGCAUUGCAUUACUCCAUUUUCUCACGUGCUUUCCAAGCAAAGAUCAAGAUCUUUGUCAAGAAUAAAAGUGAUGAUUUCGGGCCUGACAUAGUCUAUGGAAGUGCAAUUGCGUAUUAUAGCAACGUUGAUUACCCAACCGAGUUCGAGAAAAAUUAUUUUCGGAGCGUGCUUUUCAAAAGGACUGAGAAGGAUUCAGUACGAUUAAAGGAUAAUGGGAGAGUACCACUUUCUCGAUGUGUAGUUGCGGUGCCAAUGGAUUUGUCCCUCAUUGUUGAAGUAAAUUUUUGUGGCUCACAUUAUCAUCUCUCGUGCACCGAAGCGUUCAAGGUUGGAAUUAGCUCCUUUCAAACAACGAAAAAUGAUCAUAUACUUGACAUCAAGUUGACUUGGAGUGAUGGAUUUCAUGAUGGGGGGAAUGAUUCAGACGAAGACAAGGAUGGGUGGAGUGAAUCAGACAAAGACAAGGUAGAAAAAAUUGGGGCAAUGGCUUGUAGGGCUGUUACUGCACCUGCGAGGAUCUCCUCUUGUUGCUAAUCUUAUAUGUUUGCCUUUUGAAGUGUCAAGGGAAAACAACCUGAUCAGCUCAAUGAGGGGAGUGAUUUUGACGAUGACAAGGUAAAUGAAGCUGUCGGGUCUCU